AUGCAUGUUCUGGAGUUCAGAGCUUUUAUACAAGCUCUAUAUGCUAUCUUGACAAGGUUUCAACCCCCUCCACCUGCCCCUGCUCCUCGAGUACCGCAAAUAUUAAUCCCAAAGGAGUUAAGAAGUUUGGGACCUCCUGAGUUCAGGGGAGACGACAGUGAAGGUCCAAUGGACACUGAUUUAUGGUUGAAUGAUGUUAAGGCAAUGUUGGAUAGUUUGCAAUGUUCGGAUCAUGAAAAGUUGAGUGGAGCGGUAUCAUUACUCCGAGGAUCAUCUCGGGUGUGGUGGAUAAAUAUGACAAUGGCACGAUUCACUAAAAGAGCUGAUUAUUCUACAACUUCACGGAAAACUAAGCAAUCCAAUUCCUAUGCGACUAGCUCGAGUAGAGCUCAUGGAGAGAAACCUCUAUGUCAAACAUGCGGCAAGUCACAUGGGGGAGUAUGUAGGUUGCUUUCCGGUGCUUGUUUCUAUUAUGGUGAAUCUGGUCACUUUACUCGGAGUUGCCCGAAGAAAUCAGGAGAUAGAUCAACACAAUCGGAGAGAUCAGUCGCCACACCAAGUAGAAGUAGAGGAAGAGGAAGAUCACAUGGUCAAUAUGAGUCUAGCCAAAGAUAA